UGAUAUACUAAUUCCUUGUGGUGUUUACAAUUUUUACUUUUAAAAACAUUUACUUUGAAUCGGUGGUUUAAAAUGGCUUUCAAAGUAUUGAUCUGUUUCCUUUUCCUCAUCAAUUGUGUUCAUGGCCAAGAAAGUCCAAAAGUAGCUCCAUUUUCAUCAUUGGUUAAACCAGUGAUUGGAGGGAAAACAUCAUUCACUUGUCAAUCUCUUACUGGAUCACCUCCAUUCCAAAUGAAAUGGUUUAAAGAUGGUACAGAAAUUGUUGAUUCAUCUACGAUUAAAAUACGAACCAAUGAAGAACUGUCAUCAUUGAUUAUUGAUUCAAUUAAAUCAAGUUACUCUGGAAACUACACUUGCAAGAUAUCAAAUAGAUAUGGACAAGAUUCUUAUAGCACCGAACUACUCGUCGAAGGUCCUCCUAAUUGGAUUGAUAAACCUUCGAAUGUCAAAACUAAAUUGUUUCAACCAAUUAUUCUGAGAUGUGCUGCAUCAGGUUAUCCCAAAUCAAAAACUGAAUGGAAAAAACUUGAAGGCUCUGAAUGGAUCAAUGUUUCACCAAACAAUCAAAUUACUAUUAAGGAUGAAUCACUAGAAUAAUUAAAUCAACUCGUGGCAAUACAGGAAGAUUUGGAUGUUUGAUUACGAACAAAAUUAAACCUGAUUUAUGGACUGAAUUUGAUAUCUCAGUCGAGGUUGGAUUGAGCCUUGAGUACGAUUGACCUUAUUGAAAGAUGAUUUUAUCAAUUGUGACAUUGUGUUUACUUUACAUCGGAGCUGAUGGAC